ACUUUCAAGGUCAUUAUAAUCAAAGCCUAACCCGCAUUGUUCAAACUGUGUAAAAUGUAGGUGAAAAUGAGUUUCCGAGAAAAAGCAGGUUUUAAUAGCGCUCAGGCGUUUUUACAUAGAUCGAAAUCUUUGUAUGAUGGGACAAAGUCAACGAUGCGCUUGUCGAACAUCACAGCAAAAUUGCGAACGGUAUCUGCAACAUUGACAAACACAAAUCCUUUCAAUUCUAAGUCACAGGAAAAUAGUAUAGCUGAAGAAAACGCUGAUGAUCUUAAACAAACAGAAGGAAUUAAAAAAGUAAAGAGACGAACUCGUAAACGAAUAACAUUCACAAAUGAAUCCUCUACAGCUGCAAGCGGAAAGCAAGAGAAACCUGAAAGUAAAAAAAGGAAAAAGAAACAAAAGCAUGAUCAUUCAGAAACAACCAAACUAGUCAAAGCUAACAGUGUUCAACAGACUACAGAAUACGUUGUACAAGAAAGUGAUUCAUUCAAUAGUGUAGCAGCUCGAUUCGAUCUAACUCCUUCAGAAUUAUGUCGUAUCAAUAAACUCUUGUCUCGAACAUUAUUUGUUGGUCAAGUGAUCAAACUUCCUAUCAAUGAAAAACUAGAAAAUAUGACCGCUGAAUCAUCCAGUAAAUCUGUUGCAUCUAGUGUAAAAAGCGAUAAUAAUCAUUUAAAUAUUGAAGAAAAUGAACAAAUAACAACUGAAAAUGUAAUAAAAAAUCCUCUUGAUCCUAAAGUAUGCCUUAUUGAAGAAGAGAUUAAAUCAAAACUUUUACAAUCAGUCGAUUCAUUAACAUCAUCAGUCAAUGAAACAGAUACUGAUGAACAAGAUUUGGAUGAAUCUUCUACAUACAGUGAAUAUACAGAUUAUGCAGAAGAAGAAAAUGAUCCAAUGGCAUGUCAAUAUCUAAAGUUUGACUGUAAAUUCGUUGUCGAUUUGCAAUGUUCUGUUCCUGGAAUAAUUUUGGUAACCACAAAUAUGUUUGUGUUUAAACCAUACGACGAAGAACAAUAUCCACUGGAAAAUCAUUGUAAACAAAUUCCAUUGAGUCAAUUUCGUACGAUUGCAGUUUACAGGGAUCCAUCUGUUAUGUAUUUUACAAAACGUGGAGCGCAACCUACUUCAUGUCCUAGCAACGUGAAUAUUGAUUAUAAUGUUAGUGACAUUAGAAAUUCUAACGAACAAACACCUUGUGUAAUAAUUACAAAAAAUGAUGAUAAUUCAAUGGAUAAGUUGUCAAAUCCCAUAGAAAUUAAAGGAAAUAUAUGUGGAAUGAAUUCAAGUGAAAAAUAUGAUAUUGAACAAAAGGAUAAUGAAAACGUGAUUACAACAGAUGAUAUGAAUAAUAGUUCGGCUGCUUCAAAUUUGAAGAAAUGUGAUUUAGAUGAUAAUCCAUUUUAUUUAUGUGUAUUAGCAUCUACUAAUUCAGUUGAAAAUAACAAACAUAGAAGACAUCCAUAUUGGUUUACAGUUCAAUCAGAAGAAUAUUGGUUUUUAAUACCAAAUGAAAAAUCGAAAGUUUUAUUUGACUUCCUUCUAACUUGUCAAUUUCAUGGAUACGAGGAUGAUGUCAAACAGGGCACAGAUAUGGAGGUCAGUCAAUUAUCGAUUAAAAGUACUGAAAUCAAGGAUACGAAUAAAACCAACACAAUCACUAGCAAACUUCAUUCGAAAUCAUUAGGAAAUUUAAAUUUUUUCAAAUCAUCUAUUGUCAGUCCAGUUUCAAGUGAACGUUUCUGUUUGGAUGAUGGUGGCAGUGAUGAUGUUGGUAAAUUUGAGAAGACACUCCAUCGUCAUCAUAAUCACAAACAUACUCAUCGACAUCAUAAUCAUUGUCAUUUUGUAGUUGUCCCAAACACAUUCGACUGGGUCCUACCGCGUAUCGGUAUUUCAGAUGAUCAUUCUCGCACAUUAUUAAUUUUGAAAAAUCAACAAAAGUACACACCAAAAAUAUCUAGUUAUCAGAAUGAACACGGUCAGCAAAAUUGUCAGUCAAAUGAAUUGAAAGGAUCACAGAACUUAGAACAGUCAACAAAUAGUUCUUCCCUUACGGAUACAACAGAUAUAAGCAAAACGGUAGAAAUAUGUGAUAGUAUACCUUCUAUGGAAGAAGAAAAAGCUGCAUUGCAACUACUAAAACGUGAAACUGUCAACUGGGAAUUGGUUAGUUCAAAAGAAUUGGAAUUGAAAGACUUAGAAGAAGAAAAAAGAAAACAAUUCAUGUUUGACUGUAUAAAAUUGGCAGAACCAGAAUUAUUGCCAAUACCUACUGCAACAUCGAACAGUGAAAUAUUUGAUGUACAUAAAGUUCGUGAUCUUUUACAAAAUUUAACUCCUGACGCUGAAGGUUUAGACUGGAUAUUAACUUACAGUACUUCUGUGCAUGGAUUUAGUUUACGAUCGUUAUAUCGUCGAUGUGCCAAUAGUUUGACAGAAUCUUCAAAAGAUAAUUUACAUAGUACUAUUCAUACAAAAAUGAAACAUACUCUUAUACCGAAUUCACCGCAUGCAUCAAAUCAGCCAUGUAUACUAAUCAUACGAACAUCAACGAAUGAGAUAUUCGGGGCAAUGCUUAAUACACAUCCUUAUCCAAGUAAUGGUCGAUUCUAUGGUAAUGGAUCAUGUUUUGUAUUUCGAUGGAUCAAUACAACUGAUUCAAAACAAGAUCAAUUAAAAGAAAAUAGUAAUUCAAUCAAUGAACAAGAUUCUACAUCUUUAUCAGUUACUUCUAAUAAAUUAAUGAAUAUACCAGUAGAUGUGAACUCUGCAUCAAUAUCAUCAUCGGUAUUAUUAGUAACAGACAAUCAUAAUUCUGAUCUAGUCUCAUCUUCUUCAUCAUUUGAUAUGAGAACUGAAACUGUAACUAAGGAAUUUGCACAUUUAUGUUAUGAUGAUAAAAGAGAAUUUCCAGAACAGGAUAAAAAACAAACAUUCCAAAAAUUUAUAUGGAGCGGUAAAAAUUCCUAUUUUAUUAAUGGUGAUUAUGAUUCGCUUACUAUAGGAUGCUCUCAAGGUCAUUCAGCAAUUCAACUUGAUGAUCAUUUAUUACAUGGACAUAGUGUCAAUUGUGAAACAUUUGAUAGUCCACAAUUAACUUUAUCAUCACCAGAUUUUGUGAUUACCACACUUGAAAUAUGGUCAUUCAUUUAAAAAGAAAUUUUUUUUAUUUUUUUGGGUGGGGGUGGGGUUGAAUUUAUUAUAUAUUAUGAACUAAUAAUUCCAUGUCAACUAUACAAAAAAAGAUAUAAAAAAAAUAAAUAAAAUCAAUGCAGAUAUAAUAUUUAUUUCAUUCAAUAUUUUUUUUGUUAUUUGUCGUUUUUUCUUUGUUUUAUUUUUUGUUGUUGUUGUUGUUCCUAUGGCCUAUUUAUUUAAUGAAUUAUUAUUAUUAUUAUUAAUAUUAAUAUCAGCAUAAUUUGUAAAGUCGUAAAAACUGAUUCCAACUUUCUCGUUUCAUUAUAAACUAUACUAUAUACAUAUAUAUACAUAACUAUUCUCUUUUUGUGCAAUCCUUUUGUAUGAUUACCAUAUUCUAUUCUUCAUUCUUGAAAAGAAAAGGUUCAGUUAUGUGUAUUUUUAAGUUCAAUUGUGAUACCAAUGAUUUUUUACAACAACAACAACAAACAAUAGUUUUAAUAAAUGAUCCUAUUUAUCCAGGACAUUCUAUUCAUAGUUCUUUUACCAAGACGUUUAGAGAGAAACAAAAACAAAAAAACACAAUGUAAAACGUUUUAUUUAUCAACAAACUUGAUUAUUAUUUGUUUAAAAUAUUGGAUCUGUUCCAAUAGAUGAUUUGAUUUUAUUUUUCUUUACUACUAUCUAAUGACAAUUAAGUAGUCAUAAAUUUCUUUUUUUUCAGAUAAUUAUUUCAUGUCACAAUUAGAUAUUUUUUUAUAAUAUUCAAUUUUCAAUUUAUUUCAUUGUUACUAUGUAAUUAUUUUGUUUAAUUCUAUUGAAAGUAUGAAUAUGAAUACAUUCUAUUUAUUCUUAUUAAUCAUAUACAUAUAUAUAUACAUACUUAUAUAGAAAUGCUUAUAGAUACAUAUUCAUUUAUAGAGUGUAAAAAGAAAAAGACAAUUUGUGAUCCACCUGUCAUUAUAUUAUACUAUUCAAACAAAAACAACAACAACAAUAAAGCUGAUCAUGCGCACAGUUUCUCAUUACAAUUCAAUUGGUUAAUUCAUUUCUUCAAUGUUAUAUUAUUUCUAUAUUAAUAGUAAUAAUAAUGAUGGAUAUCAAAUUAUUAUUUGAGUAGUGAAUUUCGAUAGAUUGUUUCAACAGUAAACAAACCAUUGGAAACAAGAACCAGUGUUAUGAAUUAUUUAUCUAUUUGAUGUCAUUAUUUAAUUGAUUUGAUAAUAUUAAUAAUCUAUGUAGUAAUGAUAAUAUAAACAAGCAUUUAAAAUGAGCUUUUCUGAUUAUUUCUGUUAUUAUUGUUGUUAGUUUGCAAAAUUUUAAAGUCAUUCAUAGAAAUCUAUAUUCAUAAACCUGUUGGUUUUAGUCGGAUUAGUUAAUAUCAUCUAUAUUACCUUGCUUAGUUGAGUUCCACACGAUAAAUGGUUGAGGACUUUACAUGACAUAAUUUAAUUUAGGUUGGCUUAAUACAAAUACAUCCAUUCUUUAUUUUCUAUGUUAAGUCAUGUACUUUAAUUUAUUUGUCACAUUGUUUUAUGAACUAACAUUUGUAUAUCUAGUCUUUUGAUCAUUGUUAGAACCAACAAUUCAUUUGUUAUUCACUUUUUAAAUUGCAUAUUUCUGUAUUGAUAUUGUGUGUGGCAAACUGGUCUAAUGAUGCACAUUUGUACAAUGAUUUAUUUAAAGGUAUGUAUGUUGCAUGUGGAAUCAUUUUAGAAAUAAUAAAUGUAUACUAAC